AUUUGCUGUUAACAAGUCUCAGUAUUUGUUGAGAAUCUUGUUACACAACAAAGACAACACAUUAUACAACACUAAAGUUUAAAUAUUAAAUUAACCACAUUAAAAAUGAUAACAGUGCUGGACGAUGAGUUUAAAUACUUUGCAGCAAACCUUAGUUGCCUUAGUGUACUACAUUUGCCAUACGAAACGCGUUGCAUGAUGGUAAGAAAGGCGCCAGAUUGUCAGUCGAUAGUCCAAUAUCUGAAUUACUUUGAUAUUAUGUCCUGUAUACUCAAGAUUGAUACGCCGGCAGUAGAGAUUUUAGUGAUGUGUGCCUUCAUAUGUUGUGUGCUGAUAUACGUCCAGAUCACGGCCAUAAUAGUUGCCACUUAUCUGACGCCAGUGAUGAAAAUACUCUCAGUGAAGAUGCAUAUGAAUGAGUAUCUGGCGGGCAUAACACUUCUGGCAUUUGCCAAUUCAUUUCCAGAUAUGAUCUCCAAUCUGUUGCCGAUUCGUGCGCAGUCGGCUCUUUACACUAGAACCAUUAGCAAUUGCUUGGUUAUUGUGCUGUUGUGUGGUGGCAUGGUGUGUUUUCUGAAACCCUUUAAGAUGGAUGGCCAUUCGACUGUGCGGGAUCUGCUCUUCCUGCUGAUGGCUGUAGAAUUGAUGAGUUAUAUAAUCCACUAUGAUGACAGAGUAUCGAAUAUAGAAAGCAUCUUUCUGCUCAUCGUAUACAUUAUUUAUCUGAUUAUACAGGUAACCGAUCUCAUACUGAUGCGUCGCACUAUUCGCAAACUGCGCACUGAAAUUACCGCCUUGAGGCAGCAGCCCAUUUCACCGGCUCGAAACGAGAAAUUACGCAACAAGAUGGCAAUUCUUAUUGAUCUAGAGAGUAAUGAAGUAAUGAGCAUACGAAAACAGGACGCUCAUUUUAUGCUGCACAAGAGAUCAUCGAGACUAUCAUCAUCAUCGAAUAUAUUUUCAACAUCUGGUAGGAAAUUCGAACGCGGCGAUGUCGAUUAUGUAUCGACACGAAUUGUGCUACACAACAAAAACAAUACAAAAAAUCAGUUUCUGUGGAAUGAAUUCUUUGAGAAAUUCAAUCCCAUUUAUGGCAAGAACUGGGGAAUGCUUAAUAGAUGCGAUCGCAUUAUUUUAAUUGCCAGAGCACCGUUGGUCAUCAUCACAAGAAUGAUUGUACCCGAGGUGAAUUACGAACUCUACAAACACGGUUGGAGUAAGCUUUUGAACUGCAUGCAGAUUGUAACCACGCCCUUUUUUGUCAUCACUGCAGUUACCUCUAACUUUUCCAAGCUCUAUUUGACUUGGCGCCUCAGCUUUAACAUGCGUUUCGCUUGUUACUCCAUGAUUGUAACAGUGCCUGCGGCUGUGUUUAUUUUCUUCGAUACUCGCACGGAUAUUCCACCGCCCUAUCAUUUUAUUUACAUCUGCUUGAAUGCUGCCAGCUCAUUUGUCAUUGUCUUUGUGUGCGCCGCAGAGAUCGAAGUGCUGACCACAAUUGUAGGCGUUGUUUUUGAUUUGAGCGGCAAUUUAAUGGACAUUACUUUUGGUGCCCUGAUCAAUGCCAUACUCGAUAUGCUGGCCAUCUAUACGAUGACCAUGGCGGGCUAUGAAAAAAUGGCAUUCGCUGCCAUCUUUGCAGGUCCAUUUUUCAGCAUUAUUGUUGGCAUGGGCGUACCAUUGUAUUUUAAUAAGAAAGCACAUCAGCCGGGCUCGGCACAUUUCUUGUAUGGUGAGCUGGGUGACAACUGUUACAUCUUCAUGAUGAUCACGGUGUACUCUACAUUGAUGUGGACUUUGACUUUGAAUUUCUAUAGUCGACGUUCGGUUGGCAUCUAUUGUUGGGUCUUACUUUUCAUAUUUCUGCUUUACGCUUUUAGCAUCGAGGCAAAACUUAUUCACGGAUUUGGCAAGGAUCCUUAUUUCCCACCUCGAUAAUUUUGUACGUACAAAAAGUGAAUAAUCUGAUAGGAAUUAAUAAUACAAGAA